AUGGUUUCUGGCCAAGACAAUAUUGGUAGAAGUUCUUCUACCAAUCAUGUCGCAAGGAAGCAGACAUCGACGGAACGACGGAUACAAAACCGAAAGGCCCAAAAGGCAUACCGUGAAAGAAAACGACAAAGACUACAGGAGUUGGAGAACAAGGUACAUGCUCUAGAAAGUGCAUCGUUUAUACAGCCUUCAACACCGCAGUCUAUAAGCAACCUCGACACCACACCAAGUCACAAUAUUGAUGCAUCUCUCGGCCUUCUUGGAGAUGCUCUAAACGGCGAUUCCGCUCAUGAAUUUUCCAGUACAGCAGCUGGUUUGACCGAAGCCUCAGCCUGGACUGACGCCGACAUGUGGCUGGAUCCAGCACAGCUAGAUGGCAAUUUCGAAACCGACAACGUUUCUAACGACACGGAAGAGCUAUCUCUAUUGAGACCGAAUCCUACUCCUGUCUACCAAAGCUCUAUAACCCAAAACACGCCCUUGUCGACAGACGGAAAAGCCAUACAGGUAUCUCGACCUGGCGGGAAUAUGAUGUCUUUCAGUCCUCGGGUUCUACGAGAGGUCUACACAUCACUACCAAAAACCACAAGGGACGAGCUUCGAGAAUUGGCAAAGGCGGGCGACUUCUCAUUCGUAGAUGUCAUCAAGUCACGACUUGGGUCUGGAAACAACUUAUCCAGUCAAAGUCCAAGGCAAAGAACUUUGGAAAGUUCAACGUACUGUCCCUACCGGAACGUUAUGCAUAUUGCACGAUUCUCCUACUUUGCAGCACUAUUCGCAAACCUUAGUUCUCUCGGCUUCGACUUUUCGUUAUUCCUCAAUGAGACAAGCGUGUCUCCUUUUGUCGGCCGCUCUGAUCUUGGUGAUACCGACGUUCCAUUCAGCCUUCGGCCGUUGGCAUCACAGCGUUCCAUUUCUCAUCAUCCUUAUAUCGACUCGCUUCCGUUUCCCGAGUUUCGACGUCGGGCGCUGGCCGCUUUAUCGACGGAUCCGCCGCUUUUGGAUGAGGAUGAUCUCUGUAUCGACUUGAUGUUGAACGAUGGACUUGUGUGCUGGGGGUCGAUGAGUGAGAAUGGUAUGGAUCGAGGAACGCCUUGGGACAGUCGAAGCUGGGAAGCCAAGGGCUGGUUUCUGCGGAAAUGGUGGUGGCUCGUGGGUGGCCAGGAUGGAGAGCUCUGGCAAUCGUCCACGUGGUGGGCGUCACAAAGGGGUGAAAAGAUAUCGACGCGGGAGAGGAACACCGAAGGUAAGGAUAUCGCCGUGGGGGUCUACGUGGGUGGUACACCUUGAUGUCGGUGAGGCUCAUGCCUAAUUGAAGAC